GUGCGGCGGCCUCCUCCUCCUCCUCCUGUCUCGUAUUGCAACGACGGCAAAGUCUCUGUCUCGACUUAACGGCGUUCAUCACUAUGCCUCAGUAGCAGCUUUGUUCUUUUUCCCUUCAAUCUUGCAAUCGAUCAUCACGAUUUCAGAUUGUAGCCGAGGCCAAGACUGGGGCUGCGUCAUCGACGCUGGCUUAAGUGCUAAAAGCUGAAGACUUUGCCUGAACAGCAACUUGCAAAUCUCACUUUAUCCUUAAAUCAACGCUUUCACCUUGCCAAGAAUCUUUGAUUCCACGGUAAGAUCGCUUCUUUGUGUAUUUACAUUUUUGCGCAACGGAUCACAAUUAGUGGCAGCUAAUUCUGUGGUUCAGAACUUCGUAGCUGUCCGUUAAAAUGAGCGCUGCAGCUUUCGGUUCUAUUUGUUUUAACAGAAGCUGCUCGUGGAAGGUGGAGAAGCUUUCCAAGUUAAGAAAGCAGCAUGAGGGCAAACCAUAUAUUAAAUGCUCGAUGAAGUCCAGUGACUGUACUUCACAAAGUACAGCACGUAUUGGUGUUCUUGGAGCUAGUGGAUACACUGGUGCUGAGGUUCUUCGGCUUUUGGCAAAUCACCCACAAUUUGAGGUUACUCUGAUGACAGCUGAUAGGAAAGCUGGACAGCCAAUUGCAUCUGUUUUUCCUCAUUUGGCUAUACAGAAUUUGCCAGAUUUGAUUGCAGUUAAGGAUGCAAACUUUUCUGAUGUGGAUGCUGUAUUCUGUUGUUUGCCACAUGGAACCACUCAGGAAAUAAUUAAAGGCCUUCCCAUGCACUUGAAGAUUGUUGAUCUAUCUGCAGACUUCCGCCUACGAGAUAUAUCUGAGUAUGAAGAGUGGUAUGGUCAGCCACACAGGGCGCCAGAUUUGCAGAAAGAAGCUGUCUAUGGAUUGACAGAGAUUUUGAGGGAAGAAAUAAAAAAUGCACGCUUAGUCGCCAAUCCGGGUUGUUAUCCAACAUCCAUUCAACUUCCCCUUGUCCCACUGAUAAAGGCUAAUCUUAUCGUGGCUAAAAAUGUUAUCAUUGAUGCAAAAUCUGGUGUCAGUGGAGCAGGGCGUAGUGUUAGGGAAAAUUUAUUAUUUACAGAAGUAGCUGAAGGUAUCAAUUCAUAUGGUGUCACCCGACAUCGCCAUGUUCCAGAAACUGAACAAGGACUCUCAGAUGCUGCACGUUCAAGGGUAACCAUUAGUUUUACCCCACACUUGAUUCCAAUGAUCCGUGGUAUGCAAUCGACUAUCUAUGUGGAAAUGGCUCCAGGAGUAAGAAUUGAGGACUUGCACCAGCAGCUGAAGCAAUUUUACGAGGAUGAAGAAUUUGUCCUACUGUUGGAAAACGGAGCCAUCCCUCGUACUCAUAGCGUCAGAGGAACCAACUACUGUUUGAUCAAUGUUUUUCCAGACCGAAUUCCUGGGAGAGCAAUCAUUAUAUCUGUAAUUGAUAAUCUAGUGAAGGGAGCUUCUGGUCAAGCUUUGCAGAAUCUUAAUGCGAUGAUGGGAUUUCCAGAAAAUUUGGGUCUUCAUUACCAGCCUUUGUUUCCUUAGAGUAAUACUAAUAAUAUUAUCCAAGGGCAUGCUGCGGGUGAUGAAGCAGAGUCAAAUAGUUAAGGACGAGGUGCCAACUAGAUGCAUUAAUGAAUAUGUUGUUCAAAUUAUGUAUUUGUCAAUAAAAUUUAUCCUUAAUAAUCCUUCUUGAAUGAAGGGAAAUUGUAGGACACGGAUGUUACGGAGUAGUCAAUUCCAUCCUUGGUUGUAGGAUUAGCAUGUUUCGCAUGUUUCUCUUCAUAUCACUUCUUUCGUUUUGCCUUCAGAUAUUUAUGAUUAUUUAAUUCCAUAAUUCUUGG